UAGUGUCUUCUCGAAACAUCGAUUAGGAGUCAACGCAGCAUCUCAAAUAGCCAUCGGAGGUCAGUCGGUGAGGAGAAGACGAGCGAGCAAUGGCGAGGCUCUUCCGGUCGUUCGUCUCUUCGUUCUCUCUUCUCCUUGUUCUCAUCCUCUUCCUCUCUUCUUCGGUUUUCCUUUCCCUCGUUUCCUCGAAGAAAACGCCUGCAGCCGCUCGAAAGGGCGACAUCCCCUUCAUCAAGUGCCAGGUCUGCGAAAAGGCCGCUUACCAAAUCAUCCAUCAAGUCAAGAAGAAGGAGGCUCAGAUUUCGCCAAAAAAGGUUUCGGAGUUCCAGAUCAUUGAAAUAGCAGAGAAUAUCUGUAAUUUAAAGAAGGAAGAGGCGGACUGGAUUCUCCAGAUUGACCUUGUUGAGAAAGGAGAUAAAUUGGAGUUGGUUGAGCAAGGUGUUGAAGGAUUAUGUAAUUCAGAAUGCAAAACCAUUGAGCGUGCUUGUCAAGAGAUUAUGGGUUACUCAGAUACUGAUGUUGCAGAAUUUGUGUAUAGCACAAGGCCUUCAGUUGAUGAGUUGGUUAAUUUUCUUUGCAAGGACCUCUCCAAAGCAUGCUCUGUCAAGCCAUUGCCUCUUCCUGCGGAUAGGGCUUCUGGAGAGGCUUUUGUUGUCAAGCCCACUAAAGAAGCUGACAUGGAUAAACUUCUGAGAUCAAUGGAGGGAAUGCCAGGGGCACCGGGAAUGAAAAUGUACUCGCGGGAAGAUUUGAUGAGCGGCAAAAUGGGUGGCGAAGAGGAUGGCGACAGCGAUGAAGACGAAGACGAUGACUUUCCUAAAAAAAUGGGUAAUAUUAUGAAGGGUAAAGCUCAUCCUAAGCUGGACUAUAAACAGAAGAUUUUGCAAGGAAUUGCUGAAACAUGGACAGUAAUGAAACGGCAUUUGAGCAACAUAUCUAAACGUGCGAAGAACUUGUGGACAAAAUUGACAAAAGGUUCAAGUGCAGUAAGAUCAAAGAAAACUGAUCUAUGAGCCUGCAACAGCAAUUUCUUUGAUUUUGUGUUAGAUACAAAGGUUUAUGUCCAUUCACUGCGAGAAAGAACACCAAGUGUUAGUGGUUAUUUUAUUGACUUCUUUUAAAUGUCUUCUUUAGAGCUUUGGGAAACCAUGAGGACAAGUAUGUUUGAUUAUUUUUUCUUUUGAAAAUAACACUUAAAACUUUUUUCGUAAGAAAUAAAAUGAAUUCAGAAGCAAGUCUUUAAAA